AAAUGAAAGUCCGCCUUCCGCCACAUGUCCGCCAUAUCUAGUACAUUUUCUUUCUAAAAGUGACGUCCAUAUUAUUUUUAAUUAUAUAGAACAGUUGUAUAGACAUUUGUUGUUAAUUUAAUUAUUCUUGAGUUUAUUCGUAAGACGGCCCUGGACGGCUGAUUACACCAUGGAGUCUCCUAGAAAAUUUAACGAUUGUUACUUUUACUACUAUUCCACAUGCAUUAAGGGUGAUAAUUGCGUUUUCCGCCAUGAGCCAUCCGCUCUUGGCUGUGAGACAAUGUGCACCGCAUGGCAGCAGGGAAAAUGCCUGGACAAGCGUUGUAAACUGCGCCAUAUGGAACUGAGGAAAAAUCGUAAGCAGAUUCCAUGCUACUGGGAGAAUCAGCCGGGCGGCUGUCGUAAGAAACAUUGCCCUUUCAUGCACAAGAACCCUGAUGCACGCACGGACGGCAUCGCUCCUAGUCAACCUGCGCCUAUUGUUGUGGCGACCCCCGCAGUACCCGAGGCGUCGGUGGAGCCCGCCCCAAUGAACGCUGGAGUGCCCGCGCCUGUACCUGCGCCUGCACCCAUGCCGUUGCUGUGGCAACAGCAAAGACAAGUGGUUCUAGACUCUGCAAUCCUGGGCGUGCUGCCGUCCAGUGAUCUGCUGGGCGCGCGCCGCGUGCUGCCGCCGCACGCGCACGCGCACGCACACGCGCACGCGCACGCGCACGACGCGCCCGGCCCCUACGCGCCGCUGCCGGUCGACCCUCUCGUUGUUAACUUUGAAGAAGAAUCCGACAACGAGAGUGCACCUUCCACCACACCGACCAAGACCGCCUCGCCAGAUGACCAUCACAGGAUCGCACGCACCAAGUCCCAGGAGCUACUACUGUUGGAAAAGAUUCAGGCCGAAGCCGCAGCUUUCUACAGCUACGAAACACAAGCACCUGAAACAACCAAUGAAAGAAAAAUCGUAAGAACCAAUCUCACGUCGAAGUACGAUCGGAUAUCACUCGAUGAACUCUCAGGUAAGAAACAGAACACCGAGACAAGGAACACUUUAGAUUUUAAAAUUCUAUCACUCGAUGAGAUCAGAGCGAAGAAAAAAGGUAGCGAAGUGUUACAGACCACGCCGAUAACAUUAAAUUUAAAUAGGAAAAGAAAAUUAUCCACCCAAGAGAUUAAUACAACAACAGGUAAUAAAAUAAUCAAAGUUGUAAGAAGUAAUUCUAUAGUUUAUAAAAAAGUUGACAAAAACGCACCUCAACAACAUAAUCAAAAUAAAACGGGAGUCAAACGUAAUGACAACUUGAAUAGAAAACGUACGUUGUCAGAACAGAGCGAUGUUUACGAGCAAGAAGAUAUAGAAUUGGUUGAUAAUUGUUAUGAAUUUAAACGAAUUAAAAUAGGCGAGCAAACAUCGAAACCUAGACUGAUUAGGAAUAGACAAUCAAGUAAUUGUACAACGAAUAGUGAGAGUAAAGAUGACGAUAUUGAAUGUAGCAAUAAAACUGACAAUGAUUCAGAUUCCGAAGUUCAAUUCGUUAGUAUAGAGAUAUCUGAAUGUGAAGAUAAAUUAUCAGAUACUGAAGUAAUAGAUGUAGAUACAACAAAGAUGGCGGAUACUGUUGAUAUUGUUGAUUUAUGUGAAGAUGUUGAAGAAACAGAGAUGUCUAUAACUAAUUUAGAUUUAGUUAAAAAUGUUCCAGAUGUAGUCGCAAGCUGUCGUAAAAAAAUAACAGAUAGUAACGAAAAAGAUUUACUUAAUGAUAUCGACGCUUUGCUAGACGAUGAUUUAUGAUUGUUUAUAUAUUUUAGUAUAUUAUCAUUGGUUUCUGAGAC